GACGAAUUUGUGAUUCAAUCAGCUCCUUCAGUGAUUUUACAACAGUCGCAAACAUUUAAUCAUGCUAGAUUUUACUUAAGUGUAAAAAAAACGAACCCACUUCUGUCUGACCCUAAUCUUAUUUAUUCGAGGUUAAGUUUAUCUGUGAUUUCUUGCAUGAUCUGGCAACCUGUCCUCUGCUGUCCUGUUGCGAACAGCGUUUCGUUCAAUGGUUCGCUGUAUCGGAUGAGUUGACAGGUGACGUCACGCCUCGCUUUAAAAGCUACAGCGCAAGCAGCACGUUCCCCGCGUCCCACACCGUGCUCGUCUCUGGUGCUUACUGCGACUGUUUCAGUUAUUUACAGAUUCAUUUAGUAUCAGAAGAGUUCAUUUUUCUGAGUUAUAGCUCUUGUGUUCAUUUCAUCCCACACCGUUCAAACAUGAGCUAUCACAAACCCGACGAGAAAACUCUGCAGGCCCUGAAAGACAUCGCCAACAAGCUCAGGAUUCACUCCAUCAAGGAAACAUGCGCCUCAAACUCCGGACACCCCACCUCAUGCUGCAGUGCUGCUGACCUCAUGUCAGUGUUAUUCUUUCACACCAUGCGCUACAAAGCAGAUGAUCCUCGCAACCCCUGCAAUGAUCGUUUCAUCUUGUCAAAGGGCCAUGCUGCUCCCAUUCUGUAUGCUGCCUGGGCAGAGGCUGGAUAUAUCAAAGAGUCUGAGCUGCUAAACCUGCGCAAGAUCGACUCUGACCUGGAGGGUCACCCCACCCCUAAACUAGCGUUCGUGGAUGUGGCGACAGGUUCUCUUGGCCAGGGUUUGGGUGCUGCGUGCGGUAUGGCGUACACUGGAAAAUACUUUGAUAAAGCUAGUUACCGUGUGUACUGCAUGCUGGGAGAUGGUGAGUGUUCAGAAGGAUCGGUGUGGGAAGCCAUGGCUUUUGCCUCCACUUACAAGCUUGACAAUCUGGUGGCUAUCCUUGAUGUGAACCGCCUGGGUCAGAGUGAAGAAGCACCACUGCAGCACAACAUGAACACCUACAAGGACCGCUGCGAGGCCUUUGGCUUCAACACUUAUGUGGUGGAUGGCCAUGAUGUGGAGGAGCUGUGCAAGGCUUUCUGGCAUGCUGAACAAACGAAAGGGAAGCCCACUGCCAUCGUAGCCAAAACAUUUAAAGGCAAAGGACUCAAAGGCAUUGAGGAUCAGGUUAACUGGCAUGGGAAGCCUAUGCCUAAAGAGCAUGCAGAAGAGCUGAUUAAUGACCUCCUGAGCCAGAUUCAGUCUCCCAAUAAGUCCCUCCACCCUCAGCUGCCUAAAGAGGAUGCUGCUCCAGCUGACCUCACCCCCAUCCACCUGCUCACAGCUCCAGAAUACAAGAUCGGAGAUAAGAUUUCCACCAGGAAGGCUUAUGGUGUAGCCCUGAAGAAGAUGGGGGAUGCCAGCCCUCGUGUGGUGGCCAUGGAUGGUGACACCAAGAACUCAACCUUUUCUGAGAUCUUCAAGAAGGCCCAUCCUGAUCGCUUCAUCGAAUGCUUCAUUGCAGAGCAGAACAUGGUGAGUGUGGCCAUUGGUUGUGCUACUCGUGAUCGCACCGUUUCAUUUGCCAGCACUUUUGCUGCCUUCCUUGCUCGUGCCUAUGACCACAUCCGUAUGGCAGCGAUCUCCCAGUCUAAUGUCAACCUGGUUGGCUCACACUGUGGUGUUUCCAUCGGUGAGGAUGGCCCCUCGCAGAUGGCACUGGAGGAUCUCGCAAUGUUCCGCGCUAUCCCAACAUGCACCGUGUUUUACCCCAGUGAUGGAGUAUCUACUGAGAGAGCCGUGGAGCUUGCAGCCAAUACAAAAGGUAUCUGUUUCAUCCGUACCAGCCGACCUGACACUGCAGUCAUCUAUGAUGCUGGAGAGAAAUUUGAAGUUGGCAAAGCUAAGGUGGUGCGGCAGUCUGACAACGAUCAGGUGACUGUCAUUGGAGCCGGAGUAACACUGCAUGAGGCACUGGCAGCACACGACCAGCUGGCCAAAGAAGGUGUGAACAUUCGGGUUAUCGACCCAUUCACCAUUAAACCCCUGGAUGCCUCCACGAUUGUGGCAAGUGCUCGUGCCACAGGAGGAAGGGUGAUCACUGUAGAGGACCACUACAAAGAGGGUGGUCUGGGUGAGGCCGUCCUGUCUGCAGUGGGUGAAGAGCCUGGUAUUGUGGUGCACCGGCUGGCCGUGAGCCAUGUUCCUCGUAGUGGCAAACCACAGGAGCUUCUGGACAUGUUUGGCAUCAGUGCCAAAUCUAUUGUUGCUGCCGUCAAGCAUACUUUCGCCAACUGAUAUGUUUUGAACCACCCUGAAAGACACCCUUCCUCUUUCUCCACUUCUAACCCGGACCCUAAAGACUAGCUCACCACAUCUUUAUCAUUCCAGAGGCUCACGGCUUGAGGAUACACCUAACUUAAGAGUGUGAAAAUACUCUUAAUUUGUGCACUAUAGGCUAUACAGUGUUGCCCAUAGCUCUGAAUAGUUCACUUUGCAUCAUCAGUUUUGACUUCUUGAAAGCUUUAAAUACUGUAUUAAUUAUUAUUAGAUCAGAGUGCUUUGCAGUUGCACUUUUCUAAAUCUCAUUAAAACAAUGACAAUUUCACAAAGAAACUUCAUCCUUUCCCUAGCUCAGUGUGUGUGCUUUCUGGAACUAUUACAAGCCAGUAUCAUGACAAAUCCAUUUGACAGUAGCUGUGAUGGUGCUUUUGCAGAGUAACAAAGUUCAUAUCUGUUGUGUUUUUGUUUUUUUACUGCUGUUGCAUAAGCUACUGGACGGCCCAGUUUUGGAAAGUCAGUACAAUGGUUUGGUUUUGGUGACUUGAAGUGCAUCUCAUGUUACUGAAAAACCGUCACUGUCGUUGCUUGUGUAAACCUAUAGAUUUCACUGAAUUUGAUGUAAUGUGUUAAUAAAUUUAACUGCCCAUCCGA